AAUUAGCACUUGGCUUCCUUCCUCUUUUUUUUCCCCUUAUAAUUCAUUCUCUCUUGCUUGUUAACUAAUGUUAAUGGCGGCUCCGGAAGCGAAUGUCAACAUGAAAGCUCAAAAGAAAACAAAGAAGCGAAAGCAAAGAAGCCCCGAGGAAACCGAAAGGCUUUCCAAAGCGCAGAGAAUCGAACUGAGAACAGUGGAAGAUGAUACAAAAUCAGAGCAGAGAGACUCCCAGUCCAACGAGUUUGAAUUCUCCCCUCCAUGGAAGAACCUUCAGUUGAUUUUAUGCAUCCAAAACAAGCAUCUUGAUCUCCAGAGGAAGAUCGAAUUAGCUUUCAGUUUUGUGCAAUCAAGAAUUGAAGACGGUGAUGGCACUGUUCAGGAUCGUGAAACAAUAAAACUGCCGAGACUAUUAUAUCUCCUUAAUGAUUGGAUACAGUCACUGUUGAUUUCCUUAGAUACAAAAAAUUUGAGUGACGGAAAAAGAUCUCAGGUGGGAGUUGAGGCAUAUAUGGAUCUUCGUUGUUGGGAGAUAUUCAGGUUCUGCUUGCAGGAGUCUUUGAAGUUUAAUGUUUCUCUGAAUAUGUCUCGGCAUCUCCUACGGCCUGUUCAUUUUAUUGUUCAAAAUGCUCUAUCACUGCUGGAGGGUUCCUCCAUCUGCUCAGGAGAAUCUUUUAUAUCUGGUGAAAGGUACAAAUUAUAUGGUACUGCUCUUGAUUGUGUUUCAUUGGUAUUCUCGUCCCAUGGUGGGUUGUCAAAUGAAAAUUUGGAGUUAUGGGUUACAACAACUUGUAUACUCCUCGAGCUUGUCCAAAAAAUGUAUAUCAAACACCUUGAUAAGAUCAAUAUGGGUGAAUUUGCUAUACAUUUUCUGUGUUUGGUGCUUCAGCCAUUCUCAAAGUUUUUGAGGGUUCAUCCAGCUAGGAAAAAUGGAUUUUAUAAUUUUGUGGAUAGACUUCUUGAGCCCCUGUUGCAUUUGUUGGGUGAGUUGAAGCUUCAGGUAAAUGGAAGCAAUAGCCCUUGGACAGAGAAGUUGUUGAAGUUGGUGGAAGAAGUUCUUUCUUAUGGAUUGUUUCAUCCAGUACACAUUGAUGGAUUCUUUAGCUUACAUGGUGUAGAGAUGUAUGUUGCUUCAUGUGAUGAUAAAUCAAAAGAUUCAAGAGCAGUUAUUAUGAGUUAUCAUAGACAUUUAUUUGAUGUAUUGAGCAAAGUUAUAGCAAGAAAAAACACAACAGCAAUAAGUAGCAUAGGUUUUUUAUUUCACUUGUAUGUCAAUGCGGCAAGAAAGUUCAAGAGAACCUCAGUGCUGCACGAAGCAACUAAGAGAAUGGAGAGUACAAGAGAUACAAGGCAGCUAGAAUCAGGGGAGAAUAGCUCAAAUAACAUGUCUUCUGACACUCAAAAAUCGCUCACUAAUUUUUUGGUUCACAUUAUGGAGCCUUUGUUACUUGAGAUUGAUAAAUAUACUCAAGGUAAACUUGAUGGCAAACUCAUGUUGGCAGGGCCUCAUGGUAUACUAAAAUCUAUUAGUAACUUGCUUGCUAGUUUUAUGCAAGAGAAGGUGUAUGUGAGGACAGAGGACAUGACUGGAGGAGCUUGUCUUAAUUUCUUGAAGAAAAUAUAUAAUGUACUAAUGUCAUGUUCUGCCACUUUGCUAUGCUUUUCCAACUAUGAUGUAAGUAACAGGAUAGAAAUGGAAAGGCUUACUUUAUCAGUUAAUGAGAUCCUAGUUGCAAUAGGGUAUCUUUUGGAAAUUGAAUAUGAGGUUAUUGGAGAAGAUUUGGUGAACUUAUGGUUUACAAUGUUAUCAUGCUUAGCAAUCAGGGGGACUUUUAUGGAUGCCCUUGAUCAAUGUUCAUUAUCUUCCAGCAUAUCAGGCUUGGGGAGCCAAAUAAUCAAUCUCUAUAGUCAACUUCGCCAGGUGGACAUUGCUAUUUUAGCAUUGUGCAAAGCUAUUAGACUUACCAUACAUGAUGAGGCUAAUAGUGAAGAAACUUCAAGGUUUUUGACGUCUGUAUCUAAUGAAGUUCAUUCACAAUCGGUGGACAGGCUACUAUCUUCACAGGAGUUCACUAAUGCCAUUCAUAAGGCUGUUCAAUCAAUUCCAGAAGGGAAUGUGAGUGGUUGCAUUCGACAUUUAACAGAUGAUAUAUCUAAAUCUCUUAUGUGGUUAAGAGAAUGUUCUUCAUUUGUUGUUGGUGAAAAAUUUAAUAAACGACAUGUACAACGCACCAGGGAAGUUUUUAAUCUGCGAAUGGUGAUUCUUGGUAGAGGUUUGUCUAGGCUGUAUUCAUUAGUUCUCGAAUCACUCACUAUCACUGAGGGAAACAGUAACCUGAUUGGAGGUUCUAUAAGAGAACUAAUAGAGCUAAUGCGUCCUUACUUGAGUACUCUAGUACGACAACAAUCAAAUACCAUAUGCAACUUCCUUUCAAAUGUCAUGGGAAAUACUGUUGAUCAGGUGGCUGGAAAGAGAAAAAUUCUGAAGAAAUUUGGUAGUUCCAGUCAAUGGGUCAUUCUGUUCUUUUUUCAGUUGCUUGUGUUGUGCCGAAGCUUACAUAGGCAAGCAAUCAGCCUUAUGCCUCCUGCUUUAUCUAAGAAGAUGUCUGCUGAAGUGGGGGACUUCAUAGCAUACUCUGCUCGUGAAUUGAUGGAGAGGAUUGAUGGGAGAGACAUGGGAUAUUUUUCUUGGAUUGUUCAACCUUCUGCUUCACUUCUUGCUGUUAUGCAAAAUAUCUCUGACAUCUAUCUUGAGGAUUGCUCACCUGACAGUUCUCCUUUACUGUACACAUUACACUCUAUGACUCUUCAGAGGCUUGUUGACUUGAACAGGCAGAUUGUUUUGUUCAAGUAUUUGCAAAAUAUUCAUUAUAAUUCACGAAUCGAGGCAUUAGAAGAAGAGGCAGUUGGACUUACCAAUUUUAUGAUGGAGAACCUAUCAUGUGUAUAUCAAUCACCAUUCUUCUGUUCUGAUGAAGUAAAUUGUGAAGAUUUAACCUCCCAAGAUCCUCAUGAAACCAAUGGAUGGGAUCUAGGAAUAUGUGUUGCAUAUGAUGAGUCAUUGCCAAUGGCCAUGUGGUCAAAUCUUUGCAAAAAUAUUGAUAUUUGGGGCAAUCAUGCUUCCAAGAAGCAGUUAAAGAGGUUCUUGAGACCUGCUUCGUACUUUCCUUCACGGUGUUACAAACAGUUUCCAGGAGCUUGGCUCACUUGA